ACAAUUCACGGCUAAGGAGAAAGACCAAGCCAGAUAAAGAACAACAGCUACAACUUAAAGCAUGUAUAUUCACAUAUCAUAUCACGUGGAUUCCUUCAGAAGACAUUACAGGGAAGAUCCAAGACUAAUGACCAAAACUAACUAAGAGGAUCUCUCACGAGACUGGUUUUCAAUUCCAAAAAUCUCUGCCCGACGGCUACAACGAAAACUGCUUAAAAAACAAAAGGAAGCAGAGACAACGGCUCUAAGAGAACAAAGGAUAAAAGGAAAAGACGACUGAGUUAUCGCACAGAACAAAAGGACAGGCGGUCACGUUAUACAUUCUGUGAACACGGCAUCAGUUCUGGGUGAACACGGCAUCAAAGACCUGGUUGCUGUCUGCCUGCAUCACUGUGUUUUAUUCGUAUCGCUUUCUUCAAUUUCCUUUUCAUUCAAAGUUUCAAACAAAAAUCUCUCUCGAAUCUCGAUGACGCUACCAAUUGAUUUUUAUAUGUGUAUAUAUAAUUUAUUUUAAAAAAUAGGGGCAGCCGCAUGGUCCCGCCCGAUACAAGGAUAUGGAUAUCAAGGCAGUUCUAUCAUAUAUGUUUGAAGGCUCUAUCUCUCUCUGAUAAGAGACGAAGGAAGGGUGAGAUGGCAGCAUCUGCAAUUGCCGGUGGUGUUGCUGUGGAUCGAGAGGAAUGGAAGGCGCAUGUUGCCAUGGCAACGGUGCAGCUUUUCUACGGUGGGUAUCACGUCAUCACCAAAGUGGCCCUCAACGUUGGGGUCAACCAGAUCGUCUUCUGCGUCUUCAGAGAUCUCCUCGCCCUCACCAUCCUUGCCCCCGUCGCCUAUGUCCGUGAAAAGAGGGUUCGACUGCCACUGCCAGUGACUAAAUCCCUCCUCUUGUCAUUCUUCUUUCUUGGCUUAACUGGGAUAUUUGGAAACCAGCUUUUGUUUGUUAUUGGUCUUAGCUACACGAAUCCAACUUAUGCUGCUGCAAUACAGCCUGCGAUUCCAGUAUUUACGUUUCUCUUCGCAGUUAUGAUGGGUACAGAAAGAGUGAAUUUGUUCCGAACUGAAGGUCAGGCCAAGGCAGUAGGUACCCUAGUCUGUAUUGGUGGAGCUGUAUUGAUGGUACUAUUUCGCGGUCCAUCUUUGUUCAAUUAUAAAGACACAGAUUUUGCACAUAGUGAAAUAAGUGCCAGGGGCCAACCAGAGCCUGCAGGAUGGUUAGUGUCUGGUUUUCUUCAGUUGGGACUAGAUCAUUGGCAUGUUGGUGUCCUAUGCUUAAUAGGGAACUGCAUGUGUAUGGCUGCUUAUAUAGCCAUCCAGGCUCCAGUUUUAAAGAAGUAUCCGGCCAGCCUUUCAGUCACAGCAUAUUCGUACAUCUUUGGCGCUGUGCUGAUGGUAAUAACAGGAUUCUUUAUGACUGGCGCAUCAACAGAGUGGAGUUUGACACAAUCAGAACUUUUCGCUAUCAUCUAUGCAGGAGUUAUAGCAUCUGCCCUUAACUAUGGACUCAUAACGUGGGCCAAUAAGAUCCUGGGACCUGCUUUGGUUUCUCUCUACAUGCCACUUCAGCCUGCAGCUUCUGCUUGUCUCUCCGGAAUGUUUCUUGGAAGUCCUAUAUAUCUUGGAAGCAUUUUAGGUGGCAUUCUGAUUGUCGCUGGUCUUUAUUCCGUAACAUGGGCAUCCUAUAGAGAGAAGCAAACAACUGUUGGAAUCAUUCCUCACACUACUCGGACCUCCGAACCACUCAUUCACAAAGACGCGUCCAAGUAACAAGAUUUCUUAUAGAGGGCACAAUAUCCCAGGGCCAUCCUCUCCCAAAUCCAUGGACUAAGCAUUAUGUGAUAAAAUGCGACGGUUCUGAUGUAAAAGUUUGUGAUAGUUUUCUGCAAUCUAUACCUACCAGCCUUGGUUGAUAGAAAGUAUCUAUCGUUAUAUUUUUUAUGUACUCAGAAACAUGUACUAUUUUUCGAAUCAAUGGAGAAUAUGAUUUCAAAAUUUCA